AGAAACUUAACUCCUCAGAAAAUCCAAAAAAAAAAAAAAACUGAAAGAAAAAUACAGACGAUGGGAUGUGUUUCUUCAAAGCUUGUGAAGAAGGAAGUCAAGCAGGAUAUUCUCCUUAACAAUGGCGGCGACUUGGUCAAUCAUGUCGUUUCUCUUACUUCGAGCACGUAUGGUGUGCUUAAACUCGAGAGUGAAAGUCAGCGGCAACCCAUUAAGGAGAUUGUUUUGGAAGAAAAAGGAGCGGAGAGAUCACCGCGGAGAGAAGAACCGGAGGUUAUUAAUGCGUGGGAGCUUAUGGAGGAUCUUGAAGAGGGAAUACCCAUUAGGAAUCAUGCCAAGAAAAGCCCCAAAUCGCGGGUUCAACUUCGUGGGUUUGCGGAUAAGGAUGUUAGAAGUCCGUUUAAGUUCUUGAAUCGGAGUGGGUCGCCGAAGACGGUGAAGAGAUUUGGAGGGAAAGAGAACAGGGGAAGAGUGAUCGGUGUCGGCAAUGGGAAUCGGAAAUUAGAUUUUAGUCCGAAAUCGAUUUUGAGGGUGAACAAUUCUUUGAAUACUCCGUGUAAAGCAGUAAUGAGUGUGAGUUUUCCGGUUAAAAGCACGAAAGGGGAAAGCUUGGACGGCCACUCUGGGUUUUUGUCGCAGAGGAGGAGCUUUAGUCCCCUGUUUGAUCCAGAGCUCGUUGCAUUAUACGAGAAAGAGCUAUCGGAAGAAGAGGAGCAUGUCAAGAUGGUAAUUUCACCGGUGCUCGAUAUCCGAUACCCCAGGAAAUCCCAGGAUUCAGGAGCUUUUCUCCAACUGUUCGACGAAAUGUGUCCUCCGGCAGGCAAAAACGCUGUAGUAUUUUACACCACCACGCUGCGAGGAAUCAGAAAGACUUUCGAAGAUUGCAACACUGUAAGAUCCAUCCUCGAGUCCCAUUGCAUUCAAAUGUUUGAGCGUGAUAUAUCCAUGGAUUCAGGGUUUAAAGAGGAACUAAGGGCAUUAAUGGGCACGAAAGAUGUGAAAGUUCCAAUGGUGUUUGUGAAGGGAAGGUUGAUUGGGGGAGUUGAGGAUGUGGUAAAGAUGGAAGAGGAAGGGAAAUUGGGAAAUUUGUUGGAGGGGAUUCCGAGGUCAACUCCUGGGUGUCAAGGGUGCGGUGGGAUGAGAUUUGUGAUGUGUAUGGAGUGCAAUGGGAGCUGUAGGGUCUUAAAUGAAGAACACAAGAAGAUGGUGAGGUGUGGUGAGUGCAAUGAGAAUGGGUUGAUUCAGUGCCCCAUGUGUAGUUCCUAGUUUACCCUAAUUUAACUAAUGGGGUUUGUUUCUUUCUUAUUUUGGGUUCUUCCAUUUCACCAUACUACAUGUGAACCUAAGAAUACUGAUUUCUUGGAGAUGUUUUUCAAUUUCGGAAAUGGUGAGGGGUUCUAAAGUGGGUUUUAGGCCUCUGUAUGUGCUGGUCUUUUUUUUUUGGCUUCCUUGUACUCUUUUGAACUUUAUUUGUUCAAUAUAUCUACAUGAUUUAC